CAAUGAUCUCCGAAGGGACCCUCCACUCAGCUGUCAAAGCACCCCAGCGCCCCAGGGUGCUUGCAAUUCAAUGGUAGAUGCUGCUGGAUUUGAGAGCGUUGCCCCUUGCCCUCAGGAGAUUCCUCAGAUAAUGGCUGCAGCAGCUGAUGGUUUGGGGAGCAUAGCCCUCGACACCACCCAGCUUAACAUGUCCGUCACCGAUCCCACAGCCUGGGCCACAGCUAUGAAUAACCUGGGCAUGGUUCCCGUGGGGUUGCCUGGACAGCAGCUCGUGUCUGACUCCAUCUGUGUGCCAGGCUUCGACCCAGGCCUCAACAUGAUGACAGGAAUCACCCCCAUCAACCCCAUGAUACCAGGUCUGGGACUGGUACCACCCCCACCCCCCACGGAAGUGGCUGUUGUCAAAGAAAUUAUCCACUGUAAAAGCUGUACUCUUUUCCCCCAAAAUCCAAAUCUCCCACCUCCGUCCACAAGAGAACGGCCUCCGGGGUGUAAGACUGUGUUUGUCGGAGGCUUACCAGAAAACGCUACGGAAGAAAUUAUCCAAGAAGUGUUUGAGCAGUGCGGAGAUAUCACAGCCAUCCGGAAGAGCAAGAAGAAUUUUUGUCACAUUCGCUUUGCAGAGGAAUUCAUGGUUGACAAAGCCAUUUACCUCUCUGGUUACCGAAUGCGAUUAGGGUCUAGCACGGAUAAAAAGGAUUCCGGCCGCCUUCACGUCGACUUUGCCCAGGCCAGGGAUGACUUUUAUGAGUGGGAAUGCAAGCAAAGGAUGCGCGCCAGGGAGGAGCGGCAUAGACGCAAACUGGAGGAGGACCGGCUGAGGCCGCCAUCACCGCCUGCCAUCAUGCACUAUUCAGAGCACGAAGCUGCCCUGCUGGCUGAGAAGCUGAAAGAUGACAGCAAGUUCUCGGAGGCUAUUACAGUGCUGCUGUCCUGGAUAGAACGCGGGGAGGUGAACCGGCGCUCUGCAAACCAGUUCUACUCUAUGGUUCAGUCGGCCAACAGCCACGUGCGCAGGCUCAUGAAUGAAAAAGCCACCCAUGAGCAGGAAAUGGAGGAAGCCAAGGAGAAUUUUAAAAACGCCUUAACCGGGAUCCUCACUCAAUUUGAGCAGAUUGUGGCCGUUUUCAACGCUUCUACCAGACAAAAAGCUUGGGACCAUUUCUCGAAAGCUCAGCGCAAGAACAUAGACAUUUGGCGAAAGCACUCUGAGGAGCUCCGGAACGCUCAGAGUGAGCAGCUCAUGGGUAUCCGCCGUGAGGAGGAAAUGGAAAUGUCUGACGAUGAGAACUGUGACAGCCCAACGAAAAAAAUGAGAGUCGAUGAAUCAGCCCUGGCGGCUCAGGCCUAUGCCCUCAAGGAGGAGAACGACAGUCUCCGCUGGCAGCUGGAUGCCUACAGGAACGAGGUGGAGCUGCUGAAGCAAGAGAAAGAACAGCUCUUCCGAACGGAAGAGACCCUCACCAAGGACCAGCAGCUGCAAUUCCUACAGCAAACCCUGCAGGGCAUGCAGCAGCAACUGCUGGCCAUCCAAGAGGAGCUGAACAACAAAAAGUCAGAGCUGGAGCAGGCGAAGGAGGAGCAGUCACACACGCAAGCAUUGCUGAAAGGCCUCCAGGAACGGUUAAAAGGUACCAAGGACUUGGUGGAGACGAAUGGCCACAACCACGAGGAAGCAAAUGAAAUCAAUGUGUUGACUGUCGCAUUGGUUAACCAAGACCGAGAGAACAACACUGAGAAAAGAAGCCAAGGCCUAAAGUCUGAGAAAGAGGCUCUGCUAAUAGGCAUCAUAUCAACGUUUCUUCAUGUCCACCCUUUUGGAGCUAACAUAGAGUAUCUGUGGUCAUACAUGCAACAGCUGGACUCUAAGAUAUCUGCCAGCGAAAUUGAAAUGCUUCUGAUGAGGCUGCCGCGCAUGUUCAAACAGGAAUUUACCGGCGUGGGAGCAACAUUGGAAAAGAGAUGGAAGCUGUGUGCCUUUGAAGGAAUUAAAACGACCUAGCUGACAGCCGAGAAAGCUGGAAACAAAACCGUCUGAAGCCGGCCCAGGCCGUACUAUGUAGGAGGAGGAGGAUUGGUGUCAGCCAACAUGGGACCUGUGGGGAGCCACCAAAGCCUUGUUCCGUGACAUCUGUGGCGUUUUCUUGUGCGUGGAAAUGUAAUCGUGUACCAGUUCCUUAAACUAGGCAAAGCCUUGUACUAUAACAGACUCGUCCCUAUGAAUACCAAGCAGUGAUUCC